AUGGCGCAGUGGGGGCAGGGCUUUCAGUAUCCCAUGCAAACGGGGUACAAUCCCCAGCAAUUUCAGCAAGGUUUCCCCGUAGGAGGAAUCACUGCGCAGCCCACUGGAUUUUCCGGUCAGCGAACUCCAGGAUUCCAACAACCGCAGCCGACGGGCUUCCAAGGCACCCAGGGUUUCCAGCAGCCUCAGCAGACUGGAUUUCCUCAACAACAACAGGGAUUUCAAUCAGGAUUCCAGCCAGGGAGCUUCCAGCAGCGCCCACCACCACCACCGGUACCGUCAAUGUCUGCCGUACCACCUGUACCACCCAUUCCUUCUCAGUUCCAGCAGCAGCAGAAUAUACAGAGGAGCGGCUUUCUGGGAUUGCCGCAGCAGCAGACGAGCAGCUUCAUGAGCGCGUCCCCAGGCCUUACCACACCGCUAACCGCUCAGCCUACAGGUUUCACGGGCGGCGGCAUGCGCCCACUUAUCCCCCAGAUGACGGGCUUCGUCGACCCGCGCCUGCAGAUGAUGUCGAACUCCUUUCUGCCAGCGAACCUGUCUAUGCCGUACACGUCUGGCGGUGCUCCGCAGCUGCAACAGCAGGCUGCGCAGUCCCUACAGCAGUCCUUCCAGCAGCACAACCAGGCGCAACGGGGGAACCUCGCCCCGAAGAUCCCGUGGGCGCUGUCCAAGGCGGAGAAGAAGAGCUAUGAUCAGAUCUUCAGGGCAUGGGACGCGCAGGGCACUGGCUUCAUUAGCGGGCAGACUGCCUUGGAGGUGUUUGGUCAGAGCGGGCUGGACAAGAACGAUCUGGCAAAGAUAUGGGCUCUCGCUGAUGCUGAUAAUCGCGGCAAGCUGAAUCUCGCAGAGUUCCACGUUGCUAUGGGUCUCAUCUACCGGAAAUUAAACGGGAACAAUAUUCCUGAGGAGCUUCCGCCCGAGCUCGUGCCGCCGUCGCAUAAAGACCUCGACACGUCCGUGAACUUACUCAAGGACAUCCUCAAGAACGACACUCGGGCACGCUCGCCCUCAGGGUUCGACGUACCCGUCUCGCGGCUACGUGACCGCUCGUUGCACAGUACCUCUGUCCCCGGUGCGGGCGGACGACAAGAUGCGACGGUGUACAAGUACAACGACGAGAGCCCGCCGGGUGGGUUCUAUCAGCCCCGGUCGCGGCACGUGGACAGGAGCGCGAUUCGGACUUCGAGCGAGAACGACAGCCCGUCUGCGGAGCUGGACGAUAUGAAGCGGCAGCUCGAAAACACGGCGAAAAUGCUUGACCGGGCUGCGACCGAGAACGCGUCGCGGACGGCUGAGGACGAGGAGCUCGACAGGGAGAUGGCGGACCUGAAGUACAAGGUGAAGCGGGUGCAGGAAGACUUGGACUAUGUCUCGCGGGGCCCGAGGACGCCGUCAAAAGACGAAGAACGGCGGAAGCUCGAGCGAGAGCUCCUGAAGUUGAUGCACGAGCGAUUGCCCGAAGUGGAGAGGAAGAUCAAAGACAGGGAAGAGCGGAAGGAAAGAGAGAAGCGGGAGUGGGCUCGGGACAGGGACAGGCGUAACGACAGGUUUGGACGAUAUGACGACAGAGACGAGCGUUACUCAUCGUAUGACCGCGACCGCGACCGCGAAGACGACAGAGGAUAUCUUCGAGGAACGUAUGACAGAGAUGACCGGGAGAGGGAGAGGGACCGCGACAGAGACGACAGAGACCGUGACUACAACAGAGACAGAGACAGAGAUCGCGAUUAUGACAGGGACAAGGAUCGCGACUUCGCCAGAGACAGGCCAUAUUCUCGCAACAGAGAUAGGGAUUACGACCGUCCUCGCAGUCCCUCCGCUGUUCGCUCUCCGCCACCUCCACCGCCCCCUGCACCGCCCAGUUCGGUGAGCAAGCUACCUCCCGCUGCUCCUAAACCGGCCCCUUCACCUGCUCCUGCUUUGAAGAAUAUGACACCAGAGGAACGACAGGCAUUUAUUCGUGCUGAGGGUCAACGGCGCUUGCAAGAGCGUAUGGCUGCUCUUGGUGUUGUGAAUUCUUCAACCCCUUCACCGAAGCUGGACACCACCGUUGAAGAUCGAUUGGCACGAGAGAAAAAGGAGGCCGAAGAAAAGGCAAGGGCUGCGGAGAGAGAGGCUGAAGAGAGGCAACGGAUCCGCAGGGAAAGGCUCGAAGGUGAGAAGGCAUUGAAGGAAGGGAAAGCAUCUCCUGCACCUCCUACGCCGUCAGCACCUGCACCAGUUGCACCUCUGCCCACUGUGCAGGCCCCUCCACUGAAACCCACACCGCCUCCUGCGAAGUCAAGGGCCCCUGCUCCUCCUCCGCCUAGGAAAGCUCCUGCACCUCGUCCGCCUGUUGUCUCACGAACGCCCUCAGCUCCAACACCACCAGCACCACCAACACCCCCUGUUUCAGCGCCUGUCCCCCCACCCGCACCAGCUGUACCCGAUGUCGACGAGGAUGAAGAGAUCCGCGCCCGUCAGGAAGCACUGCGCAAGCAACGUGAACGUCUGGCGCGCCUUCGACAACUCGAAGAAGAGGAGGAAGAGGCGAGGCGCGCAGAGGAGGAAUAUCAAGCUAGGCGUCGUGCAGCGAAGGCUGCCGCGCAAUCCCUGGUAGCUGCACCAGUCCCCCCUGCAAUUUCGCCUGCGCCGCCUCCAGUUUCGCCUGCACCUCCUGCAUCAGCUCCAGCUCCACCCCCACUUCCACCUCCGGAAAUUACCCCUAGUCCCAGAGCAGCUGCAGUUAUCGCGCCGCCGCCGCCACCACCGCCGCCAGUACCGCCUGUACCGAUUGCAAGUACACCUGCGGAGACACCUUCAGAGAAAAAUGUCAAUAACCCAUUCAGCCGUCUCUUGAAAGAGAGUCCUGGAGCUACCACGUCCACUCCCUCUGCUCCAGCUGCGAACGGUAAUACUAAUCCCUUCUUCAAGAGCCAGGUUUCCGCUUCUCCUGUGCCGCCUUCUACUCCAGCUACUCCUCGUACGCCUGCGCCUCCCCCUACGCCCCGUGCGCCGUCCAUUCCCCCUCCGUCAAAAAGUCCGGCUCCGGCUGCAAUCAAGACCACAUAUCACACCGCUCCUGGAGAAAGCGAAGACGAAUGGGACGAGAUUCAAGAGAAGGAAGUCGACGAUAGCAGUGAGGAUGAACUAGAUUCCUCGCGCGACACCCGCAACAAGCUUGCGCAGCAACUGUUCGGUAGUAUUUUGCCACCGUCGCGUCCUCAAUCUGCGGCUGCUCCUUCCAGGCCAUCGGACCUGUCCGAGCCGUCAACUCCGGUUGCUCCGACCCCUCCGCCACCCCCACCGUCAGCCCCUCCAAUGACUACUAACAUCCCAUUUGCGCCGCCUCGACCCCCGGUUGCUCCGGUUGCUCCGGUUGCUCCGGCUGCCCCUCCAGCCCCACUUGCACCAGCGGUGGCUGCACCUGCACCUGCAGGUGAUCGUAGCGCUCUUCUUGGUUCGAUUCAAGCGGGUGCCAGGUUGAGGAAGGUACAGACGAAUGAUCGCAGCGCGUCUGCUCUGGCGGGCCAAGUACUGGGUGACACUGCUCCUCCUUCCCACAUCAGUAAUGCUCCCCGAGCCCCUUCGCCUCCUUCGUUUAUUGCUGCUCCUCCGGAGCUCACUCUGGAGAUGCCGCAGCUGACGAGUUCGAAGUCGAGCAAUAGAGAGUCUGUGGAUUGGUAUGCAGGCCUAGCAGCAGACGGAGGAGCUAUGCGACAUGAGAUGUCGCGUUUGCCGUCGAUGCAAGAAGAGGAUGAGCCUCCUGCUACUGUUCCGCACAUACAGGUCCAGGCUGUGGAGGAGAAUGACGUGAUGGCGGACGUGGACAAGUCUAUUGAGUAUCGCGUUCGAUCGCUCUAUCCUUAUGAAGGACAACGUCAGGAGGAUCUAUCUUUCAGAGAAAAUGUGGUUCUCGGUGCGCAUCCCUCGAAGUCUGGAGGCGAUUGGUGGUACGGUACUCUCGUCCGAGAUAGCAAGUCAGGCUUCUUCCCUAAGACCUAUGUCGAGAAGAUAGAAGCUACCAAAGCCAAGGCCUUGUAUGCUUACGCAGGCAGCAGCCCGGACGAAAUGUCUUUCGCUGAGGAAGACGAACUAACUAUUGUAGAUCGCAGCGAUCCAGAUUGGUGGAAAGCAGAACAGGGUGGAGCGGUGUUUAUCGUACCAGCAGGAUACCUGGAGAUUCUGGAGGUAUCCGAGGCAUAUCGGGCGGUAGCAUCAAGAUAUCAACUCCUGUCCGUUUCAUCUGAGGUUAAGACCUUACCUCCCCCACCUCCCGUGCAUCAGGGCUCUAACGCCGACGAAGUCGACCAGGAUGAAGAUUCAGGUUCCGAGUCCGAGACUGACUACGUAUCGACCUCAGAUUCUGAAUCGGCUGAGGAUGAUGAAAAAGUGACAGAAGAGGCUCGUAAGGUCGAGCGAGGGGCACGCGAACUCGAACGUCAACGCGUAUUGGAAGCAGCAGGUUUCAUCUUCAAAUCGGACGUCGAGCCACCUCCACGGCCGGUGCGAACAAGGAGUCGUCGGGGACGGCGCCCACCCCCGGCCAUUCCGGAGCGUGUCGCUGCCAAGUCCCCGCAGAAGGAUCUGCCCCAUCUGGCUGACCAUGAGGAAACUGACAAUAAUGCUCUCCGUCUAGACGACGCGUUUGAGCGAUAUGAGACCUUCAAGCUGGCGCACUCGUCCACGAACCGUCUGUCGAUGGCCUCGGUCGAAACAAGUACGAGCGCGUCGAUGUCAGUGCCCAGCCCAACGACGCCGGUGCCGAGGAGUGCGUCUGCUGAGCCCGAGAGUCGGGGUCUUCAUUUCUUGAGCUUCUUCGGACUCAGGGCACCUGGCAAUGACGGAGAAUCCCGGACGAUGCCAACGAUAUCGGCUCCUAUCCUAAUCAAGGAUUCUGGCACCCCUACCAAGGAAGAUGAAGUCGCAUUCGGUUCGUCAUGGGCUAGUCUUGUAGACAAGUCAGCACUUGUGGAGAUCCCGACCAAAGAACGUCGUCGUCAAGAGGCUAUCUUCGAGCUAAUUACUACCGAGGCUGCUUAUGUCAGGGAUCUCCAACUUAUCGUCGAGGUGUUCUACGCCAACCUUCUGCCGCUUUUGGACGAGAAGGCGAUCACAGUGAUCUUCGCCAACAUCGAGGAUAUUCUUCUGACGAAUACAACGUUCUUCAGUUCCCUGGAGGAAAGGCAGAAGGAAUGUCGCUUGUACGUCGACAGGAUCAGUGACAUUCUCAAGGAUGGCAUGGUUCAAAUGAGCAUAUACAUGGAGUAUUGCGUGAACCAAGCAACAGCAAUAAAAGUUCUCCAAACCCUUCGGGAGUCAAAUGCGGGGCUAGCUGCGCGUUUGCAGAGCCUUCGUGACGAUCCUGCAGCCCGGAAUCUGGACCUCUCCAGUUAUUUGCUUGCUCCUAUGCAACGAAUCACUCGAUAUCCACUAUUGAUCAAACAGAUCGUCCACUAUACCGAACCUUCAAGAGAUCGCAAUCAGCUUGAACGUGCGGUAAGAAUAGCGGAGGGUGUCCUCGGGCAAAUCAACGAGACCAUCCGCGAACAGGAGGGACGCGAGAGACUGAAGACUAUCUCGAAGGAUCUGUGGAUCGGUCAAGGGCGACUUGAUUUGACCGCUCCUACACGUCACAUGGGGGCGAGAAAGUUGCUCAAAGAGGGUCAAUUGUCAAAGGCGAAGAGUGGGCGAAAACUGCGUGCAUUCCUCUGUAGCGACAUCCUAGUGCUUACGGAAGAGACGGCGAAGACUCUCUAUCGCAUGCCGAUACCCCUUUCAGAGGUUCAGAUAAGAGAGGUCCCAGGAGCGAGAGAUGACCUCGCCUUCCAAGUUACGAUUGCCUACCCUCGCGGUGGAGACAACAUCGCUUUGAAGGCGACGUCUGCUCGAGAUUGCCAGUUGUGGAUGCAGGCCGUCGACAACGCCAGCCGGAAGUGUCGCGAGGCGGAGAGAUUGGCUCGGAGCACUGGCAGUUUAUCCCACGAUCUUGCAUACGUCCCAACAUUCCGCUAUUUCCACAAGCGCCCAUGCAUUGGUGGUGGAGCGUUCUGGAGUGCUUUACGAUCGAGCGGCCUUGAACAAGACACGAUCGCAUUUGCCCCCUGGACUGUAAAGGACAUGGAAUACGGCGAGAUUUCCAUGGACAGCAAGGAACCUGAAGCAUUACCCCAGGACAGUCUCAGAGUACGUCCAUUAAACGCCAAGCAAGAGCGAAAAUUGGUGGAUUAUCUCGAAGAAAAAUUCUUGGAUGUAACCCGGAAUUACAAGAAGCGAUCACAGCCCACAUCCACCCUCCAGACGCUUGCAUCAUAUCUGACUGCAUCCCACACUCUCCUAUCGCUCAUACUCCAGAUACCCCCCUUUGAUCCCUCCGCUUCGCUGCGCACAUCCUUGCUCCUGCGCCUGACUGGCGAUGUCCUGAAUGCGAUACCUGGCUACGCACCCGACGUGCAGACGCUCUCGCAACUGCUAACAUGGCUUGAUAACCUCGACCAUGGCUGGCUCGCCGUGUUACGCUGCCAGACCUGGGACCCCGACGCAAGUCAGGGCGUUGAUAUCGUGCUUCCCGCGGACACUGUGUUGCGCUCAACGCCAACCAGUCAGACAGAGCGAGCGCGACUGCGCAGUAUGCUCAUCGCAGGGACAGACAGGAUGGAGGAGUGGCUCGCGCAGCUGGAUACGGAAGCAGAGGACUUCCAGCUUACUCUGGAGCGGCUCGGGCUUCAGCAGGGUUUUGACGACUUGUUCGCUGGGACACUGAACGAGAUGGGUUCACUUGCCGGGUCGACAGUGAAUGACCCGCAGGGUAUGGAAGGGACUUGCUAG